CCUCUCUGCCGUGCUCCGCUUCGCUGUGGAUCAGCUGUCUGCUUGCCACAAUACAGUCUCUACUUAUAUACCGACGAUCUUCUAUACCUAUCUAUAUAUCAAUGAUCGGCAGAGGAGAAAUCUGUGCGGGAGAAAGUAAAUAUGGCGAUGGUCUAAGCUUAGUGUAAAAAAUCUCUAACCAAACUCAAUACAAUACUCAUUACUCAGUGCGAAAAUGGCGUUUGCCGGUGUGUGUAGAACGAGUCAAGUUUUACGAACUUUUCGUUUUUCCAAGUCUCGCAUAAAUUAUCUGACAGAAAUAGACAACAAAAAUGUGAACUUGACGUUAUCCUGCAACAUUGUAUGCAACAAGUUCUUGUGCACAGAGGAAAAAUUCAAACCAGUGAAUAAAUCCAAUAAUCCGAAUGCUCCUGAGAAACCUAAGAAGAGAAAACCUCUGACCAGUCCUCAAGUAACACUAAUAUCUCCCGAAGAUGAUAUCUCAAUGAUGACACUGGAACAAGCGAAAAAAUUGGCUGAUCGUAGAAAACUGAAAUUGGUGAAAAUUCUUGACUUUGAUACCAAGAGUCAGAAACCGCUGUUCAAACUAAUGACUAGCCAAGAAUUCUUCGAAGAGGGUGUCAAAUUCAAGGAGAGAAAGAAAAAGGAAAAGGAUGCAGCUGUGAAGGAAGAUAAAUUGUUUACUAUUUCAACGAAAACUACUGAGCAUGACUUGUACAUCAAGAUUAAUCAAAUUAUGAAGUUGUUAAAAAAGAAACACGAGAUUCGAAUUUUCAUAUCCAAAGAUGGCAAUCACACUAAAGCGCAAGAGCUAGUUGAACUAAUCGAGAAAGAAAUUAAGGAACUGAUUUCUACCAAGACUUGCGUAUCAAAAGCAACAGCUUUUAAGUUGUCUUUCAUGCCAAAAUUAGAGACUGACGAUAAAAAUAAUAAUGUAAAUAACGAGAAUCAGCAGAAAGAUACAUUAGAAGAAGAGAAGACGAAAGCAAGUGGUAACGAAAAAUAAAAGGAAAUCGAUAAGUCGGGAAAAGGAUAAGAAAAUAAGACAGUUUAUUGCAAUCGAAUUUACAACAUUAUUAUUUUACAAAAAGAGUGCGUUUUUUCAUGAUAUUUUUUUUUUCUUUUAUUGUCUACCAAUAAGAUGCCCUAUCUUGUGCAUCUUACUCUUCAUGAUAUGUAAAUAACUACUUUGGUUAUAUUAACUCACACACACGUAUGAAUGACAAUUUUUUUUCUUGUAUAAAACGACCGAUGGACUCUUCUAUGUAUGUAUAAUAGCAAAGAGGUACAGGAAUUGUGAAUUAGGUUUGCCAGAAUGAUAAAAGCAAGUGUAAGUAUGUAUAUAUAUAUAUAAAUAAACAAAUUACGUUAAA